AAAAAAAAGAAAGAAAAAUUCUCCGAUGUUGUCUGUCAGAUGAAAAAUUGUUGUUUUAGUGUUCAAUGUUCAUAUGUGGUUUUGUUUUAUAAUAUGUGCAAUGUAUGUCAAACAUUCUGUCGAAUUUCCUCGAAUUUGGUCCGAUUUGUGCGUUUGGAUGUUGUGAAUUAAUUGAAGUAAACUGUGCACUGCGUCUUAUCGUUUUCAAUAAAAAAGUGUUAACCUUGUCAAAAAAUUUAUGAGUUAUCUACAUCGUUGGAAAAAUCCUCUAUCUAAACAUUUAUACUAAUCAGUCAUUUAUAUUCGUAAUGUGUUUCUUCGAAAGGUACUGUUAAAUCAUUAUUCGAAAACAGCUGCACUGCUUUGACGAAUUUCAACAAUGCUAGUCCAGGAACCAGUUCAGGCAGCGAUAUGGAAUUGCCUGAAUCACUAUGAUUUUGCUGAUGCUAUAUUCCUCGCUGAAAGACUGCGAGCCGAAGUGGAUUCGGACGAGACGUUGUUUUUGUUGGCGACGUGUUAUUACAGAGCUGGCAAAAAAAUGCAAGCAUAUUCUGCCUUACGUGCUAGGAAACUGAAUUCAUCCAAGUGUAAAUUUCUCAUGGCAAAAUGUUGCGUCGAUUUAGAAAAGAUACCUGAAGCCGAACUUGUGCUAACUGGAGGUGACGUGACUAGAUUUCAAACCGUCGAGGAUGUAGAAAAUGAAUACGGCGAAGAGUCUGCGUUCGUCUUGCAGAUUAUCGGACGAAUAUAUUAUAAAUCCGAACGUAAUGUCCGCGGAGCGGACGCGUUACGUAAAUCGUUGAAAAUUUGCCCGUAUUUGUGGCAGUCUUAUAAAGAGCUUUGCGAUCACGGUGAAAAACCGGAUCCGAACAAAGUUUUCCAGGUUGUCCAACACGAAACACCCGUAAACUGCCAAAAUUCCUUCAAUGUAGGAUCGAAUAAUUUUAACGGACAUGUUGAAAAUAUCGUUUUUAAUAGUAAUAAUAGUAGUACACCCGUUCAAACGUUAGGAUUAAUCGUAAACAACUCGAUGAGUGGGAUUAGACAAUUUACUCCGGAUGAGAGCCAGUUCUCGUUACUUCGUGCUCCGGCAGCUGUAUCUAAACCUAAUAAGUAUCGUAAUCUGUACGGAUUGAGUCCGCUUUCGCCAAGUUUUGGAGUUCUACCACUAGAUUCGAGUCCAGCAGAAGGAUAUGUGAUCUCGCCGAGCGGAACGUUGCCGGAAAACGAUGAUCAGAAAAUUAUCCCCAAACGACAGUUGUUAGCACGAAAAGAAACUAUAACGCCGUUACAAGUUGCCAAGCCAGUAGUAUUCAGCCAAUCUGGUAAUACAGCCUUAGUUACAAACACCCCUAAUAUACCAGCAUCGGCGCCGCUUCGUAGAAGCUCUCGGGUUACCAAUAACAAUUAUAACGUUAAAGAAAACAACAAAAGUCCAAAAUUCACCAGUCCUAAGUCACCGUCUCGUAAAACUAAAUCGAUCAAAUUGUCGAAAAAUAGUAAAUCGACGUUUGGUGAUUUGAAUGAGAAAAAUAAAUUAGAAAGCGACUCCAAUCUAUCAAUUCAGAACGCUUGUCAGCAAGUUUUAGCGUUGCAGAAACAGUCGAUGGAAGGUUUAAUGGCCCUGCUACGUAAUUUUGGUACAGCGUAUUUAUACCUAGCGCAUUACGAUCUGAAUAAAGCAUUGGACAGUUUUCUCGAUUUACCAAUGCCUCAACAAAAUACUGCUCUAGUGAUGUCCUAUUGUGGUAAAGCUCACGUAGCCUUGCAUCAAUACAAAGAAGCUAUCAGAUAUUUUGAAAGAGUACGAGAGAAAGAACCUUAUCGCGAUAGUAUGAUGGAAAUUUACAGCACAGCGUUGUGGCAUCUGCACAAAGAGAAAGACUUAUCGUCGUUAGCUCACGAUUUAUUGCAGUGUGAUCGUUAUAGCCCGUCGACGUGGAGUGUUGCUGGAAAUUGCGUAUCAUUGCAUAAAGAACACGAUGUCGCUAUUAAAUUCUUUGAAAGAGCUGUUCAGUUAGAUCCAGAUUUCGCAUAUGCACAUACCCUUUUAGGGCAUGAGUUUGUGAUAACUGAAGAACUAGAUAAAGCUAUGACAUGUUACAGACAUGCGAUUCGCGUUGAUCCGCGACUGUACAAUGCUUGGUAUGGAUUGGGUAGCAUAUACUAUAAACAAGAGAAAUACCAGUUGGCUGAAAUUCAUUAUAAAAAAGCGUUAUCCAUUCAUCCGACAAGUGCCGUAAUCAUGUGUCAUAUCGGAGUGGUUCAAAACGCGCUACAAAAACCAUUUACCGCCUUGGACACGCUGAAUGAAGCUUUACAAAUACAUCCAAAAAGUGCAUUAUGUAAAUUUCAUCGAGCUAAUUUAUACUUCCACGGUGGUCGGUUUCAAGAAGCUUUGCAAGAGCUUCAAGAAUUACAAGAAUUGGUGCCGAAAGAGUCGUCUGUUUUCUAUUUGACUGGAAAGGUUCAUAAAAAACUAGGUAAUGAUCAUUUAUCUUUGAUGUAUAUCAGUUGGGCUACCGAUCUUGAUCCUAAAGGUGCUAAUAGUCAAGUUCGAGAGGCUAGUGAUCCAUUAAUUAAUAAUAGCGUGGUUCCCGACAUAGGCGGAGUUUUAUCACCGAGCGGUGAUCAACCGCCAGCGGAUGGUCCUUCGACAGAAGCGCCUACAACUCCAGCAGCCCAAGCCUCUAUUACGGAACCGGUUGACAUGGAUGAAACGUUGUAACCGUAACGAAACAGCAUUCUUACAAUACUUCAAAUUCUUAGUCGCUUUAAGGCCUUCUUUAUAUAAUAAUUUUAUCGACACACGUACGUUAACUUGGUCAAAUAUUUAUGCUAAUUAUGUAAAUUUACAAAAGAAAAGAAAUCGUCAAAUUGUACCUAUCUUUAAUUACAUAUUUAUUUAGAAUAAAAUUUUAUGUAAAUAAAUGGAAUAAGUUAUCGAA